AUGGACGUCGAUUCUAUAACGUCCAAAAUCCUCGCCGAGUGGAAGGUCAGUGAUGGAGCUUUUGUGGAGGAGCAGCUCCAGUCCUCCUCACCGGAGUCUUCCUCAAUGGACUCCGUGUGCUCUUCGCCGGAGAUGUUCUCCAGCGGCCAUCAGGAGAUCCAAGACCUCGCCUACGUGUUCCCGGGGCGAAGGUCGUCAUGCGACCCAAAGGCUCAGCGGCAGAACAAGUCCAAGAUGUCCACCAAGAGACGCAUGAAGGCGAGCGAGAGGGAGAAGAUGAGGAUGAGGAGUCUCGCAGAGGCUUUGCACCAGCUCCGGUACUACCUGCCGCCGGACUACACCAAGAGGGGGCAACCUCUGACCAAAAUCCAAACCCUCAAGUACACCAUUGAGUACAUCAACAAGCUCUCGGACAUCCUGAGCCAUGCGUAA